AUGGAGAAUGAAUGCCCAUCCGGCAAGUACGGAACUAAUUGUACUGCAGAUUGCCACUGUAAUCAAAAUGGAUCAGCAGAAAAUUGCUCUUUCUUCGGGUAUUGUCAUUGCCUAGAUGGUUACUGGGGAGACAGAUGCGAAAAAAAUUGCAGCAGUGAAUGUCGUUUGAGAAAAUGCCAUCAAAUUACUGGAAUGUGCAGAUGCGAAGAUUUCAAAUAUGGAAGAAAUUGUGAUAAAAAUUGCACGUGCGAUCCUAGGGUAUAUUCUGGAUGUAGUCGUAGUGGUGGAUGUUUGUGCAAAACUAACCCUGAUAACGCGACUCUAAAUAACACUUCAUGUCCUGACAAUAUGUUCUGCAAAGAAAAUAGAAACUGCGUCUGCAAGGGUUGGAAAUAUGGAUCUAGAUGUGACCAAGAGUCCACUUGUAACAGGAAUAAUACGAUUUCGCCCUUUUCCACAGGAGGUUGUCGAUGUAAAUUGGGUUAUUAUGGCAGGAAUUGCGAAUUCGAAUGUCGAACUGAUUGUAUAAAUUCUUACUGGCACAAUAAAUGCAAGGGGGAUGGUGAAUGCUGGUGUUUAGAUGGCUAUUAUGGAUUGAAAUGCGAAAACAAAUGUAACUGUGCAAGUAACGAACAAUGUGAUGAGGCUGGAACAUGUAGUCCUCGACUUACUAGAAUAGCUUGAACGAAGAAACCGAAACGUACAAUCAUUAAGGGAACAAAAAUUUUUUUGCGGGAAUUUUACAUUGUUUUUUUUGAAUCUAUAAAAAUCGUGAUUUUUU